AUGGCGCUGGCGGUGCCCCUGUGCUGCAUGGGGCUCCCUGCCUUGCACGACGCUGACGGCUCGCGCCCCCCGCCGCGGCUAACGCUGCACUCUCCUGGGCCGCCGACUCGCCUACGUGGUCACAUCGCGUCGCUCGUCGCCUCUGGUGCCUCCCGUGCUCUGACGUUGGAGCCGUCGAUAGAAGAGAGUAGAGACCCCAGACGGAAGGUUAAGAUAACGGACGGGGAGCAGCUGUCGGAGGUGGUUGCGGCGAUGCAGGAGGCGGGCAUCUCGGCAUGCUACAAGCCCGCCCGCUACUUUGGGUGGGGAGGGCUGGGCAACACCCUCCUGUAUGCGAUGACGACCAACGGGACGCUCAAGUUCCGGUUCAACCGACUCGACCACCAGACCAUUGACCAUACCGCCGCCAACUUCAGCAACCUCGUUUACGAUCCGGAGCGCGACGGCGACGGUGUCGGAUGCAUGACCGGCGGCGGGCAGGCGAAAGACACUCCCGAGAAGCUUCACCGAAGAGCCAAAUGCACCCUCCUUGGAACCACCCUCAGCAGCAUGGGCAUCCGCUCCCUUCCGAGACCACCCAACACAGCACUGGCGUGCUGCAGUGCAAACACCGAGCUCGACUACGACGGCAAGGUGUACGUGGGCGCGGUGGACACCAACUAUUUUGGAUCAACCUUCCCCUUCACCUUUAACUUCAUGGACACGCGUCCGCUUUGGCCCGACAGCCGCUCGCCGCUGCCGCUCGUCGUGUCGGUCCACAUGCGCAACGGAGACAUUGUCGCGCUGGCGGAGGGGUCCGACGGCUCCGGCACCACCAACGCCGUAAUCGAUAACGAGACGCGGGCCUCGCGGUACGCGGGUAUGUACCGCCCGCUGCUGCGCGAGGUGGCGGCGCUGCCGACGGGGUGCGCCUCUGUCCGGAUCGUGACGGAGGAGGAUCAAGACCCGCAGGUCCUGCAGGUGGUCAAGGACUUCCACGAAGACGCCGAGGGACGGGGGGAGAUCUCGGUGGUGGGCGACUCCACCUGCGACGCUCCAUGUGCCUUCCGCGCGCUCACGCACUCCGACGUGCCCCACCCUUCGAUACUCCCCUGUGCAAGGUGCACCCACGACCUCGGCCUCCCUUCUCGCAUGGUCGCAGGUCAUCCGCGGACAUCUUGCGGCACGCGGAUCCGUCCGCUCACGGCGGCCGCGCAGAGGCGCUAUCUCUCCAAGCGAGCCGGCGAGACUGCAGCACCACCAAACAGCGCGCUCGCGGCGAGCAGUGUCGACUCUGAGCUUGCAGCAGCGCAGCGGAUCACGUGGAUCGGCGCGGGCGUCAAUCUCGGCGCCGCCGGCGCCAAAGCAGCGGCGGGCGUCGCGGCCAACUCGCCCGCGCUCGUUGCAGAUGCCGCGCACUCGCUCUCGGACUUGCUGUCCGACGGAGUCGCGCUUUGGGCUACCAAGGCUGCACGGCGGCCGCUGUCGCGCGACACGCCGUACGGGUCGGGCAAGUUCGAGGCGCUGGGAGCGGCCGCUUGCUCCGCGCUCGUCCUCGGCGCCGGCCUCUCUGUCGGCCUCCACUCCCUCUCCUGCCUCCUCCCGAUCCUGCUGCCCCACGCGCCGGAUGCGCUGCUCUCGUGGCUGCCUGACGCCGCCGCCGCCGGAGGUGCCGCUUCUGCCGCAACCGCCGCCGCACCCGCCGCCGCCGCACCCGCCGCCGUGCUUCCGGGGACGGACGCCGCGACGCUGGUGGCUGCGGCCGGCGCAGUGCCGCUGCCCUCCGCCGCUCACUUGCCUGCCGCGGAGCUAGUCGAGGCGGCGAGGCAGCUGGACGCGUCGGAGGCGUGGGGCGUGGCGCUGAGCGGCUCGCAGUGGGGCGCCGUGGCGGCCGCGGCGGGCGGCGUGCUCGCCAAGGAGGUGCUGUACCGAGAGACACACCGCAUCGGCGCUCGGACAGCGCCGCCUCCCUCCCCGCCUGGCAUCGACACGCGCUCGCCGACCCUCAUCGCAAACGCGUGGCACCACCGCUCCGACGCUCUCUCUUCGGUGGUGGCGGGCGUCGGCGUCGUCGGCGGCGCGAUGGGCGCGACGGCGCUCGACCCGCUGGCUGGCUUGGUUGUGGCGGGGAUGGUUGCGAGGGCGCGCGGCCUCUCGGGGCGGCCUCCCGCCCGCCCUUCCCGCGCCACGCCCAUUCCCCCUCCCGCGCCUCCACCCGCAGGGGACGACCUCGAGGCCCUCGGAGUCACGUCCCUGCGCGCGCGGAGGCUCGGCCCCGCCGGCCUGUCCGUCGAGCUGCGGCUGCAGGUGCCCUUCCACCUCUCCGUUUCGGCGGCGCAGCAAGCCGCCACCCGCGCGAAGCUGCGCGUGCUCAGCGGCUCCGCCUCGCCGUCGCCGUCGGAAGAGGCGCGGCAGCGCUGCCGGCAGAGGACGGAGCGACUCCGCAUCGCUGAGGUCUCCAUCGCACUCGACGCCGAGCGGCCGGAGUACGGCAACGAAGGAGGGCGCGAGUACUCUGGCGACCUCGUCGUCGGGGGCCGCGUCAACCCGUCGCUCCACCAGCUCAUGCGGCCGUCCCACGAGAUCGUCGCCGACGUGCGAGCCGCCAUCGUCGCCGGUGGAUGCGCCGCCGCCCCCGCCGCCUCCUCCGCCGCCUCCGCGGGACUCGUGUGGGGCCUCUCGCACGCCAACGUGCACUGGCGGACUGUGCGGCAGGGGGACGCGACCGACACAGGCGUCGGAGAGGGCGGGUGGGCGUUGCUGCACGAGCCCGAGCUUCGGGCGCUUGCGCGAACCAGGCGCUCCGGCAGCGGCGGCGGCGAGGGAGGGGGAGGCGGCGGUGGCGGCGGCAGCGGAAGCGGAGGCCACGCCCAAGGCGAGAGGGGCGGCGACAGCGGCAGUUUUGGGAGUGGCGGCGGCGCCGGCCGCUUUGUCGGCGACGGGGCGGUGGUGGAGGCGAGUUUGAUCAUCGAUCCGGACGCGACGGUGCGCGAGGCGCACCGGCACGCGGUGCGCGUGCGCCACGCAGUCUUGUCUGCGGUGCCGGAUGUGGCGGAGGUCCUCGACUGGCACCAUUCGAGCCGUUGCGAGAGGACUGCUUGUCAGUGA